AUGGCUCUCAACUCGGACGGUGAACAGAAAUCGAACCUGGUCCUCCGCGUAGACCAGGAUUCUGACUCGGUCUUGCAGUCAUUAUUCGACACAGUGCUAAAGCCCGACUCUAAACGACCGCUACAGGUGCCUUUGCGUAUGCGACAGCUCCCAAAGUCGUUCUUUAACCCGCCGUCGACCGGUUCCAAGUCGCCAUCUGUGUCUCACUCGCGAGAAAAUUCGGCGGAUUCGGCGUUUGGAUCGUCGUCCGCUACGGGAGCUGCGCCAGUAUCGCACUCCCGAGCACACUCUUCACCAGCGAGUUUGCAGCAGACCUACGCAGCUGGACAACAAACUCAACAACCGCCUCUACCACAUCAACAUGCAAAACAGAGAUCUUACGAUGUCGGUACACACAUCCCAGACGAUCUUGGGCCUCUACCAGCUGGUUGGGAACAAGCUCGUACUCCAGAAGGACAAAUAUAUUAUCUCAAUCAUAUAACGAAGACCACGACAUGGGAGGAUCCUCGCAAGACACUGGCGGCGCAGACAGUAACAAGUGGUGUGCAGCACCAGAGCGCGGAAGCGUUACUUACACCAGCUGCUGCACCUGCCAUUGCUGCUGUUGCUGCUGCAACUACAGCAGCGAAGAGUACAAGCACUAAUACGACGACAGAUCCUCUCGGGCCGUUGCCGGAUGGCUGGGAACAAGCCACGACACCAGAGGGAGAAAUAUACUUUAUCAACCAUGCCGCUCGUACAACGUCCUGGUUUGAUCCUCGAAUACCACAACACUUACAGCGCACCCCAGCGGCGGGUGGCGCCGCGGGCGGCGGCUGGGCAAAUGCCUCGAUACAGGCAUGUCAGCAAAAACUACGUCUGCAGUCGCUACAGCUAGAACGAGAACGACUGAAGCAACGCCAACAGGAGAUACUACUCCAGUCAGGGUUAAUGGCGCGGCAAUCUUCGCCUAUCGUGGUGUCGUUGCCUAGCAACACGGGCGCGACCAACACCGAUUUGCCUCUGGAUCCGUUCCUGUCGGGGCUGACUGACCACCAGAGGCAGGAGUCGGCGGACAGCGGGCUCGGCAUGGCGGUCACACAGUCCUCCUACUCAAUGCCGCACACGCCCGAGGACUUCCUCACGAGCAUGGACGACCGCAUGGACUGCACCAGCGAGGCGGGGGCGAACCUCGACACCGCCGACAUCACACUCGGCGACACCGACGACUUGGUACCCUCAUUACAAUUGGGCGAAUUCACGAAUGACAUACUAUUGGAUGAUGUGCAGUCACUAAUAAACUCAACGCCCAGCAAGCCCGACAACGUGCUGACCUGGCUG